AUGACGGAAAAAGAGGUUUACAGUCUGAAAGAGGCACGAGUAACAGAGGAGCAAUGGGAAGAUAUGAAGGAAGCAAUGGAACUGCUCGUUUCGGAUUGGGAGUUGAUCACUAGUGAGGGUCGAACGGACAAACUUCUAAAGCAGCUACAACGAAAUGAGCAGGAAUUACUUCGAUUUAAAGGUGAUAGCAGGUUUUCUGCCACAGACGUAAAUAAUUGGCUUCAAACUGUUCGUAGAUGGAUAAAUGAUUACAUGGAGAAAGCAGUCUUUCUUCAGUCUCAUGUGCGAACAAAGAAAUUGAGAUCCCGAACAGUCGUAAUUGAUGCUCCGGUAUUGUUGUUGUUUAUAAAAUAG